AUGCCUCCAAAAAAAGGAGGAACAGGUGCAAAUAAACAAAGGCAAAAUUGUGUUAAUUCUGUUAUUGCACAAGAUGGUCAAACAGCAGUAUCUGAUGUUCGAGGAACAAUGGCGAUGAGUCAUAGUCCAAGAACAAAGGAUUCUGCAGGAACAAAGGCAGGAUUUAACAAGCAAUCAAAUUUUAGCAUCGUCCCUCUAAUUCUAGAGGGCGUGAAGUUAAACAAGCUGCAAUUAAAUGACGUCAUCAAACAGCAGUUAAAGGACUUACGAAUUUCCGAUAUUCAGCUAAGUCGAUCAGGAAUUUUCACAAUAUAUGCAGCUAAUGUCAAAUCAUUUAAUCGACUAUUAAAUGAGUUGACACCAAUUCUUGCAACAAACGGUCAGGCUACAGCAAAAAUAUAUGUGCCUCGAUCCAUUCAACGUAUCAAGGAUACGGAAAAAGUUGCGUUUGUUAAAAACGUCGACAUAGAAAUUCCUGAAAGUCGAAUAACUGAAGCAUUGAAGGACGUAGGACUCGAUGUUGUUCGGCUAUCAAAUAAAGCUACGAACAUGCCGACCAAGACAAUCAAAAUUACAUUCAAUGAUCCACAAAACAGAAACGCAUUUGUGCAUACCGGUCUACAAGUCGAUUGCAUGCAUUUUACUGCUGAGCCAUCAACACAAAAUACGAAACCGGUGCAAUGCUACAUUUGUCUGAAAUACAAUCAUAUAGCAAAAUACUGUAAAACAAAACAACAAGUAUGUGCUCGAUGUGGUGAAAAUCAUAGCAAGGAUCAAUGUACUGUUGCAAAUGAUGUAGUUAAAUGUUGUAAUUGUAAAGGUAAUCAUCUAGCUACUUCAAAUGAUUGUUCGUAUUAUAGAGAACAAGAAAAAAGAAUGUUAAAUCUGAUUUACCAAUAUUCCACAACAAGCAAACCAGUAGCAGCAACCCCAGCAAUCUAUAGCACCACAGAAUUUCCACCAUUACCAGUCGUUCAUCCACAGCAAAAAGAUAUUCUACAAAAUAGUCUAUUUAAUGAUAUUCUUAAUGCUCUUAGUAGUAAAAUGGAAACCAUCAUCGUAGAAACAACUAAUCGACUAUUCAAAGCAUUACAACAAAAGAUUAAGAAAAUCGAAAAAGCAAUCGGCACCCACGACAAUAAUGAAGACGAUCAAGACGCCUUAACUGUCUCUGAUUCUGAUUCAAACGAAGAAGGUCCAGUAGUUAAGUAUAUCAAGAACAAACAAAAGCAAAAUGAAGAAGCAGCCAAACCAACUAAUCCAUCGACUAAUGCCUCAGCUAAACCAACAACAACCUCGAUCAUAGCCACAUCUAAACCAUCACGAAAACAAAAAGACCCAACAAAUUCGACCAAGAGAGCUCGCUCUCCAAACCGUUCAUUAGAUGCAUCGACAUUUGACAACAAAGACCUCAAAACAAGCAAUAAUGACGAUUAG